CACCGGCGGUGCCUGCCUGACAAGCACCAGGAGCAGCGCCUUACCCAGGCAGUUUGGAAAGUCCCUCUAAGGAUGUGUUUCAAGGGAAGCAAGCCAUUUGUAGGCAUCUGGUUUGGCAUGGGAAGUUGUCCCGCCUCCUGAGGCAGAAAAAAUAAAGGAGGCUCUGCUCAGAGACAGCUUCCAGAUCUGAAACCUGCCUGGAGACCCAGGGCCUUCAGAGACGCCUGCCGAGGGGUCAGUCAGGACUUGCGGGGGGCACGCAGGAGCCGUCCCCACCUCUUUGCCAGAUGCUUUUGAGGAGCAGUGACCAGGAGCAAGCGAAAAAACUUUCUGUUGAAGUCACCCCUGCUGAAGUCACUCGGAAGAAGCUGUGGCCGGGAUGAGAAUGUCUUAGAUGAUACCAGUGGGUUCAGUUUGGUCUCUCACAAGAGCCCUGAAAGCUGUAUAUUGGCAGGUGGAAGCGGAGCUGAAAUGCCUCCUCGGCAAAGCGACUUACAGCAAUGGCCGUGGGGCUCACGUAAUGCGCCAGCUACGUUGCAGGGCAGGUUUAUCUGAGCCUUGUUGUUUCGAGCAGCAUCUGGACAGAGGUGACAGCUGGGAUGGCAGGAGGUGCGAGGGGGCCAAUGUGCCCGAAACCCAGGGUGCGCAUAGCCCCUGCAUCUCACUCCAGGUAGGACAGCCACCCUGCCCUCCCUGAGAAGCAGCAAGCGCUUCCACCGCAGACCCGUGGCUGCAGGCAGGUACGUGCAGAGAAGCUGGGAGAAAGCAGCCCAGGGGACGUGGCCAGCUGCGGAUGCUACUCGGAGCAGGCGGGAUCUGAGCAAAGGCCUAGGCUCCCAUUGCACACAUCUUCCUGGGUUCAGGGGAAGAAAACUCACUGAGUUUUUAUGAACAGGACUCUGGUGAGAGAGCCUCUACCUUCGUAACCAUUUUCUUUUUUCUGAACGGGAUAAUAUUCAAGAACUCAAGUUUUUGGUUAACCUUUUGGGGCAGAAGACAUAAUAGUGCUGUCUCUAUGCCCCUGUUUCACUGUCGACCUUCUGCCUAAAAUUGCCACCAGGCCAUCCUGCCUGUCUCCUUGUUGCAUUACGAGGGUGUAUAAGGGCACGCAGACCCCAAGCGGCGCUGGAGCGCUGAGCUUUUUAGCUGGAAGGACAGACCGACGAAUCAGGUUGUCUGCUGAUGCCUGUCUGCAUCUGCUGUCCCCCCAGAUCUGCCUCGGGUAUGCAAGCGAGGGAAAGCUCGCUGCCUCCUAACAGAAACAGACACCACUGAAUAGGUAACGUGAGCUAUUCCCUGCUGAUGCAGGAUAGGUACCAGCUGCAGCCAAGCCCCAGGUCGCACGCAGGCAGCACACAGCUUGGCGCAGGCACCGAAGGAAAAGCACAGGCACAUUUUAUGGUCGCUAAGGGCCCGCUGGCACAGGCCCAUCCUAAUUUGUCCGUCUGCGUGGUGUCCUUAGUCGGAUUUGUUAUGCUUUGUAUUUCAUACCAACCUGAUGAGAAGACAUGUGUGCAGUUCACAGUAAAGCUGAUGUAUUUUCUGCUGAGUGCCCUGGGUCUGGUUGUCUGUGUUCUGGCGGUGGCUUUUGCUGCACACCAUUAUUUGCAGAUGACGCAGUUUACGUGCGAUACCGUCCUCGAGUCUUGCCAGUGCAAAGUGGACACGGCGGACCCCCUGGGCAGGACCUUCGUUUACCAGGACGCGGCUGACUGCGGCAGUGUCACCAGCACGCUCCACCUGUACUUACUUCUGCAGAUGGUUCUCAACGUGAUCGCAGCCAUCGUGUGCCUGGCGGCGUGCUUUGUCAUGUGGAAGCACAGAUACCAGGUUUUUUAUGUGGGCGUUCGGUUCUACCCAUUAACGGCUACCGAAGGCCAGCAGCAGAAAGUAUAGGGUCUGGGGCUGGGGAGGGAGUGAAAGGUGUCAGCGUACUGCCACCACAGACACCACAAAGGGAUGAGCUUUCUAAAGAUUGCUGACUAGGAAAAACAUUCACACAUUUUUAAUGAAUAAAUUUUUCAGUCAUUUUAAGAGCAACGCAUGCGGCUGCUAUUGCGAAAGGCCCCUUGUGAGACUAUCUAGAGGUCAUGUAAAGUCCUAAAGAUGCAGCUGCACAAAUACUCACCAAAGAGCAUCUUUAAUAGUUAUAGACAAACUGAGAGCUUAAAAAUCACUGGAAACUCAUCUGCAGGGCCACAGCCAUUCAGACAUAGGGGCCACUUCCUUCGCUGGUGGGAAUCUGUUCCUUGCCUUCAGAGAAGCUGCACUGAUUUCUACCAGAUGAGUCCAAACUGGUCCCGACUGUUUAAUUAUAAUUAAGCCGAUCAUGCUUAGGGAAUAUAUUGUCUCUUGGAUUCUCUAGGUGUAAUCCACACUAGCCUGAUGGGGAUUUACUGUAUGGAUAUGUACCAAGGGAGGCCAAGACCUCUUCAAAUGCAGACCAGCAGCAAAAGUGAAUAAAUUGAUGACUACAGUAUAAAACAUAGAUAAGAUUUCUGAGAGUGACUAACGAUGUAGGUUACCUAAUCCAAUUACUAAUUAACAACCAAUUAGUAGGUUGACUAAUGGUGAUUUGUUGGGCCCCACUUGAGACCCCCAUAUAGGGGCCUGAUUUCUGAAGAACGAGUGCUCAGCACUUUGUGAGCAAAGAUCAAUUUAAGAAACUUUGAGCUGAGCUCCUGAAACGGAGGCCCCUAAAUCACUAGUCACGUUAAAAAAUGGUGUUGACACUGUUAUAAUUGUAGGCUCCCAAACCCGGCGUCUAGCCAGUUCCACCAAUUAUACUCAAAGCACAAAAGGCCAAAUUCGUUUUUGGUGUAACUCCUCUGAAGACAAUCAGCCUCACACACCAGCAGUGGAUUUGGGCCAACAGCCCUGAAAGAUAUAUCCCUGCAACAAUAAGUAUUUUUAAAAUGGGGCGGAGGGAGGGAAGCAAGAAGAGACUGUCGGUCUCCUAAAGACAUCAUUUGUAAUAACGAGGGCAAGAAAAUAAUGAUUUUUUAAUUAGCAGCACAGAAUAAAAAACUGCAUCCAAACAGUGCUUUUUCACCCUGAAAAAGGUGCCUGUAAAAGUGCUUUACGUGUUAUUAGCCUUAUAGUGAGACAAAUACGUUGAUUUGUCCCUUGAACAGUCAGUCCCACUUGCACAGGAUGAACUGUCUAGAUGCAAGACCAGUCCUGAACUGGUCGCAAGUUGUGCUGCCUGCCAAUGCCUGUGCAAAGGCAAGGCCAGGGGUGUGGGAGCCCUGCGAUAAGUAGGGGCUGCUGACCUCUGCCAGGGUGAAAGUGCCUCCGAAGUGGAGUUGGACAGCAAUCACAUACCAGAAAAAUUGUGCAACAAUCAUUAGCAAGGACGAAGCGAAUAAAAUUUCUAUAAGGCUUCAAACAAACACAAACUUUCUGUUUCUGUAGCAAAAAUAGCCACCAGUGAGUCAAAAAGCUACUCUGGUAGAAAGCUAGUCAUAUAAAUUGCUCUAAUCCUACCCGAAAAGUAUCUUCCAUCCCAGGCUCACAUGUCUUCCCAGUCCUCCCAGAGUGUGGUCAGAAGACCACAGCAUAGUUAAGCCUCUUGUGGUCUUCCUCGAGCCCUGCUAGGUGUAUUUCUUCAUGCUUUUGUCACUGAAAGGGCUUCUGGGUAGAGGUAGCUUCAGUCACCAAGGUGCUCUCUGUCAGGCUGCUAAGCAAGGACCUUUUCAAAAUGCAGAUUCUGAGACCAGCUUCCAAAUGGCCUUUUUUUUGUGCCUAAAGAUAAUAGGCACUAGUAACCGUGGCUGCAGGGGUCACAUGUGCAAGAGUGGCCAUUCGCUUGCCCACAUGAUACCACCCACAUGAAGUCCUCAGCCUGACCCCCAGCCAUCCUCAGAUCAAGCUGAGAUAUUGGUGGCCUGUGCAGGAGGCCAAGCACGUGGGAUUCGGUCAUUGGCUUUGGCGAGGGCUGCGUGGCCAUGGGUGCGAUGCUGGACACCAGUCCACCUCCUGUUGAUGUCAGAGGAGCUCGCCGGAAGCGCUGCUCAUGGAUUUGUGGACAAGCUAGCUUCCCAUGCAAGACGUACGCGUAAGAGUGCCUCCCACAUGACGUAUCCGCAGAUAUGAGCUUGCCGUUCAUCCCUCAGAGGACUCCGGCUGUGCUCACAGGGAAGCUGUUGAAGGGUAGGGCAAGAUCUUCAGCACGCAAAGGAUACACGUGCCUCUCACCUAUACUCAACACACUCGUUCCUUCCUCAGUGAAUUACCUUCCCGUUCCUGGCACAGCCCCUGCAGGCACAAAAGCUGCUCUGAUGGGCCAAAAAUGUGAGCCCUCCUCUUGGCAAAGAAGAUAACAAGAAGUGCAAAAGGGACCUGCGGAGGCUGAGCAAGGGCUGAGUUUUGGGGCUAGCUCCUGCCCCAUCACCCGGAGCUGCACCGUGCCGUCCGGAGAAGCGAGAGGAAGGCUCUGCCAGCAGAGUGGGGCACAUUUCCCACUGUGUCCCUUCCCAAAUUCCCUGCUGUAGUCUACAGAGGGCCUAUGUUUCAAGCUGGGCUUUACCGCACCCUCAGUUUCACUCUGCAGACUACAGCACACCAUUAUUUGCAGAUGCACCCUGAAUUGCACCGAAACGCGUUUAGCGGGUCGCUCCCUAACGAAGCCGGCCUGCCGGGGUGUCCCGUGCUAGCACCAGAGGAAGGCCGGGACCAGGCAGAGCGGUGGCGAGGGAUGGAAACAGACCCCUCUGCCCUGCGGAUCUAUUUUAGCUUUAGGAAGUGAGUUACUUUAAAAGGGCAAGUUUACAAUAACGAGGAUUGCCCAGCACAAAACCUGACGCUGCUUCGUGCCUUUUGCCAGCAGGUCCCGUGUCGCCCGCGGGCUGCAGACAGCGGGUGCCGCUGGUCUGCCCGGCUGAGCUGCGUUUCCACCAGGGAUGAACUUUUGUCUCCCUAAUCCUCUGACCUCCGUCUCACCCAUAUGUUUUCAUUCCCCGUCUCCCACAGUCGUUCGGGCCCUGGAUCCCGUAGGCCCACCCCUACCAGAUGGGACCGGGCUUGUACUGCUUGCUCAGCCUCUGCCUCCUGGAGUCACACCUCCCGGGACUCCUCUAGAGCACUACAAACACAGCAACAGUGAUCACAGCGAUGCUGCAAACAAUUGCGGAGAACAGAAGGAAGAUAUUAAUAAAAUAUCCUGCUCCACUUACUUAGAAAAAUGUGUGUUUUAGUAACGGUGCACCCUCUGCUUUUAAACACUGCCACAGAGUUUGGUCACUAGUUAGCGCAUUGCAGCUUAACCCUUUGCUCUGGAAGAAAGCAAUAGUCGUCGUAUAUUCUACUGACAUUUUAUUGCUUAAUGAGUAAAUAGGGGUCAUUUUGAUUUGGCAAAGAAUAACUUCCGUAUUUCCUCUCUAUAUAUCUCAAGAGCGUAAAAUCAAAACAGAAGGGGGAGAACAGGAAACUGAUACGGUAGCUUUUGGAACCAGUUUUCUCCUGGGUAUGGUUUUACAACAUGUAUUUUGCACAGAUCAAGAAUUUCGGAAAGCUUUAAUUAAAGAAGUUUCAUCUACCACAGCAUAUUCAGAUAGCAGCAAUCUUGUUUCAGUGCUGGAACUCACAUGGACUUCUCUUCAAGAAAGGUUGGGACCUGCAGUCUAGAAAGUGAGGAGGUGUUGAAGAAAAGAACUUUUUUUUUUUUUUUUUAGUCCUCGAAAUUUAUUCACUGGAUAAAUUCCACAAAAUAGGGUAGGAUUAAACCACUCUGGACAUACUGAAAUUAUGAAGGCCUCUGUGUAAUUUACUCUCAAGCCCUAGGUGUGAUUCUCAUUUGCACCCUGGCCACUUUACACUGUUUUCACAGUGUAAGGGGGUUGUAAAGAAGGCAUCAAUCAUUUUUGCACCUACUUCAUGGCCGUUUUACACAGCUAAAAGGGCCCUUUGUGUAAAUGAGACCUCAAGCCCUAGAGAACUUAACAGAGAGGAAGGAGAUCCUUUCUACAGGCUGUGCUGGACCCUCUAACGGGGUCUACCGCUGGGCUAUAACUCUCCGCUGGAUUUUAAUAGCGUGGCUUAAAGAUCAUCAGACUCAAUUAAGUUCAGCUCUGUACAACUUUUCCAGUGGCCGGAUCUGUAACCUCCCAGUUGCACGGCUGGCCCCCACGGACCGUGCACAAACAGCGAUGAUGAUGCAUGGAUAACUGCAUUGGUUUUUGUUUGUUUUUUGUUUUUCAAAAGGAGAAGAAGCAACUACCACUUUCCUCUGGUUUUGAGGCAUUUUGAUGUUGUGCUAUGCAAAUAGGGGAGUUACAAUAAUGGCAACGAAAAGGGAACUGAGACCCAGAGCAUCACACGGAGCCUGAAUGUCACCUCCUAGACCCGACCAGGAGCCAAGGUGGCAACUGC